AAUCAUUUCCCUGAUCUGCCGAUGUCAGAGGCAAAGGAAAUGGAGAGUAGAACGGUAAAUAAGUGGUAUAAGUAUACGGAGGAUGAGAGGUGGGUAGCAUUAUUCCCACUCGCUUUAUAAACAUGACGGUGUUUGUUACAAGAUGAGUAUGCCUAACAAACUCCUGUUCAUUAGACGAGCGUUUUUCUAACCGAAUUCAAUCUGGAAGUCACAAGUCGUACGUUUUCUCAGGGAUAUUCAUCCCUGAAUUGGAACACCGAAUAAAUAACUGUUUAUUUUACAAAGGCUUGUCAACGAAUUGAUUAUGGAUUGUUUUAAUUACAAGAGAGUCGAUUGGAUGUUUUUCUUGUUUACAAUAAUGAUUCCACUUGAAGGUCAGGCGUGUAGUACAACAACCGGAAUAACAUCGCCAUGGGAAUGUGGUACCAAACCAACUCACAUCUGCCAGGCCAGCACCCAUUACGAAGAUCUCAUACUAUCUAACCAUACCUUGUGGGCCUGCCUAAAUAUUGGGGUAACUUCUAUACGCUGCACCCCUAAUUGCUGUGCCAACGAUAACAUCAUCGAAGGAGGGAUUGUUCUGAUGCCAGGAAUCAGAACGGAAGUUGCCUGCUCCAUGUCGACACCCAACCCAACAUCACCGUACAUACACACCUUGGGAAUCCUUGGCCCUCCCGGUUCAAGAGUUCUUGUGUCGAUACGUGGAGGUGACCCUUACAACGUCAUCACAGCAACCGAUGGGCAGAACACUGACCAUGCUUAUUUCUUCAACACUGAUGGUUUCGUCGCAGAGGGAGAUUAUUUCUUGUCCGAAUCAAAUGAAGUGACUCUUCAAGCUAUUCUCAUCAAUUCUGCUCAGGCUCAAGAUGUUGUCGUCAUAUCUCAGUCUUUCGAUAUCAUCGAUACUAUUAUGACGCCCCCUACGUUCCUGCAGUGUGAGGUUUCUCCUCCUGUUGCUGGUCUAAAUAAAUGGCAUACUGCAUGCGAAGAUGGCUCGCAUAGCUCCGACGGCUCAUGCUACAAAUUCAGCAGUGAUAAUAUGGAUUUCCAACGUGCUAGGGAGAACUGCGAAGCAAUGGGAUAUCAUCUCGUCUACAUCGCCACCAGCGAGGAACAGGAUUUCUUGGUUUCCUUGCUUGUUACUCGUUCACCACGCGAGCACUGGAUCGGUAUCGAGAGGGAUUCCAAUGGAGAUCCGGUCUGGAUGGAUGGGUCGCCCAUCACAUAUUCUUGUUUUGGAGCCAACGAUGGGGGUCGAGCUUGUUUCCAAAUUCGCCAGCAGGAAAACUACGCUUGGGAAGAUCAUCAGUGUGAUCACAGACAUGCUUUCAUCUGCGAAAGAGAGUUAGGUUAUCAUGGUUACAGUGCGAGCGAUGGAGGCUGUGUUUCAUAUGGAGGUACUCUGCCAGCGACCAUUGACGAUGAGGGCGCUAUCCUACUCAAGUUCAGUUACACAAUCAAGACUAGCCAGGUUCUGCCCUCAAUAUCAGGACUGCAGCGAACAACGUCAUUAUCGUCAGGAAACUGUGUCACUACCUGCCAAUCAAUAAACGAGCCAUUUGUGUCCCAAAAUGGUCUUCUACUUAAAAUGUCUUGCAGUUCAAGUUUUACUUCAUCAAGGUCAUGGACGGUAACAUUUCAAGCAAGAGGAGCAGGAAUGGUCCAGAUUAGUGACAUUCAGCUUCUAAUCUACAAUGAAACAGAAUCCCCUCCUUAUCCAACGCGUUCAACAAGGUUGUAUACUACAAUGACAAGAUGGCUUUAUACCGAUGAAAAUAUGCCAUCUACAUCAACCCCGAAAACCAACAGUACCAGUGUCAGUCCUGUGCCUUCCGAUACAUCUACUCCCCAAUAUACUACGGUAAAUCCAGUUGAUGUAUCACCAAGAGGUUCAAGCAGUAUAUUAUACAUCGCAGUACCUCUUCCUUUAGCGUUUAUCCUCAUUAUCAUGAUAAUAGGAGUCCUGUGGUUCGUGAAGAGAAGACGGUCAUCAUCAGCUGACCAUAAGUCAUCAUCAGCUCACCAAUCGGUGGAAGUCCGUGAAAUUCAUACUUAUAGCAAUGAAGAUCAUAAAUAUACCACGAGCAUGGAUUCCGUAAAGAUAUCAUCAAAUCAGGCCAACUAUUCAGAGGUUCUUGACGAUGUUAACCAGCAUGAAUAUACCGAGAUGCCUUCCGGUGGGUCCUCCAAGCCUGGAAACCGGGUGAUUUACAACGAGGUAGGGGAUGAAGAAUAUAACGUCCUGUUCGGUGGCAAAGAGACGAAGGACUACCAUGUAUACAACAUGCCAGGCUCUGUAAAAAGGGAUUCAGGGGCUACGAACCCAGGCAGAAUGGACAAGAAAGGUGGUGAUCGAAAGAAUAGUAAGCAUAUUCAGGAGCCUGUAGAUGACAAAGGUAAUAAUAGAAGGAUAAGUGAGAAUACCUACCAAGAUUUGGAUAACACUAACGAUGUACCCUAUUCUAUGUCUUCAAAAUUAUCUGCCGAUUCUGCUACCGAUUCAACCAAUUUCACCUCACUCGGAUUACAAAGCACAAUCAAAACUGAUUACACUUACCAAGAUUUACAUAAGACUGACGGAGAAAGUUAUACCCCCUUGAAUUUAACCAUCAAAUCUGACUCUCAUUUAACCAAAACAACCAAGAGUGCACCUUUGAGAGGCUCAAACGCAACUGAACAAUUAUCGCUUUCCGUUAACUGUCCUGUGAUUGAGACAGCGAAACGAGAUGAAGACGGUCAGUCAUUUUUAUAUACCAACCCAUCGGAGUAUGAUGAUCCAAUAUUCAAACCUGAUGAAGAAUCAUACGACAAUCUCCAGCGCACAACGUUGACAGGGAUUUCAAAUGAAAAAAGACAAUCAGCAGCCGAAGAUUCAAUAGUUAUUGGGGAUGACGAAUAUUUAACACCCAACGCCGGACAUACUUACCAGAUCUUAGGCAUGUUAGGAGACUCUGUAAUGACGGAACCAAACGGUGAGGGCGUCACCUACUCACACUUACAAAGGGAUACACACAAGGAUCCCUUGCCAGAUGAUCGUUACGGAAAGCUUGACGAUAAGAAACGUAAAUCGCGCUAAUAAUAUAAAGUACAUUUUUUUCUAAAAUUAUCACUCACUGGUCUGACUAGCUUCCUAUGGGGGCUGGUGUCCUUAUUUGCUAGAGUUCCUGUGAGUACUGAGCUGACCGGGCUUGCCACUCAAAUCAUGCAAUUUGUCUGUGAACGGAGGACCAAGCAGGAGGGCAUCAGGCCCCACCAUGCAGGAUGUAGCAGAAUUACAGUGGGUGAUGCAAAACUGUACUUAAGUAUAAACUUAAGAUCACUUUUUUUUUACUCCAUUUACAUUUAUAUUUGUAGUAAUAUGUAUUUAUGUAUUUAUAUAAGGAACUGCUGCUGUGCCAGCGCCAUGAGUGUCUCUGGACGGACAUCACUAUUAUCACUAUCAUCAUCACUAUUAUGAAACUACAAAAAAGUGUUCGAGAUAUAAUUGUAAGGGGACGGCUACAACUUUCGAACAUUAGUGAACAUCUUUCAAUGGAAACUUCAUUAUCGAGAAGCAACUUAAUGUUUUGUCGAAGCUCAUAGAAAUAAAGCGGCGCUCCGCUAAGUCAGGGGUUUGGCAUUAUUAUAUAAGCUUCAACCCCCUUCAACCAUGUAAACAUCUGUUCCAAUAAACUGUUUGUACACACAAGUUUGCAAGAAUUCCAAAAUAUUUAUUUACGGACACAUUAUUUCUGUAUUGAAAAUAUAUGUCGGUGAUACAAGUUUUGAAUCAAAUCUAACGUUAAGCACAGACGAAUGGUGACGAAAAUUGACUCUACAUUUUUUUUCCGCCGAGAAAAAAACAACAACACAUUUUGUAAUAAAUUGGUGUAAACAUGGGUUUUACGGACGAGAGGGAUAUCUUUCCAUUAUCAUUUUCCUCGAAUCUAAUUAAUAUGGCACAUUGGUCAUCAGGGUUUCCAGCCCAUCAGGGAAAUCAGGGAAAAUUGUUUUACUUUUUUCCAGUCAGUGAAGAAUCAGGGAAUUUGAUUUAAAAAUACCUAAAAUUAGGGGAAAAUUCUCAAAUUAGGGAAAACAAUCAGGGAAUUUUGAUCAGCCCAAAAGUCAAAAGCAAGGUAGUCAGUCAGACUCUGUUAUAUAUAUGUUUUUGUAUAUCAAAACAACAUCCAUUUAAUGACUAUUUAUGGUGGUACUAAUUAGUUUUACACUUGUUUUUAUACUGAAAAUACAAGUAAUUCACUGCAACAACUUAGAAAACAUGCGAAACUGGGAAUGGGUUUAAAUGAUUAUCAGAGGAUUUUUAAACUUCAUCAGAAAAAAAUCAGGGAAUUUUGUUUUCCUGAAGAGCCGCAAACCCUGGUCAUGUUGGAGGUGAAUAUCUUACAUUUAUUUUGUUUAAAAAAUAUUGGAAUAGUAGCAUUAGUCACACGUUUAGAUUUCUUGAAAAAUGAGUUUUUGGUUAUUUUACUUUGCAUUUUCUUCAGUCUAUUCUUGUCUUUUUGCGUUUGAUUCCAGAUAUAUAUAACAAUCUCUAUUCAAGUCAUUCAAAUUUCCAUAAAAAAGUUUCCAGGAAACCCUGGUACCUAACACAGUGUAAAAAUAAAAGAGGUUUGGUUAUUUUGUAAUGAUCCGUGAGACAAAAAUAUCAGCUUUAUGAUAAACUAAUGCAUUAAUUUAUAUUCGUGAUAAUAAACAAAUCUUUGUAUAUUGCAUUUAAUGACAGAAUUAUCAUGUUUUAAAGUUACAUGAUUGUAUACACGUAGUUAGAAACUGAGAUUUGUUUUUUAAACGUGUUUGUCAUGUAUUUCAUUACACAGGUGUAAAUCAAUUUACUGUGGACGAUAAAUAUACAGUUUAUACUAAUAAAAUUUAAUACCUAUUU